AUGGCGCAGAACAAAUCUUCGAAGCGCAAGAGAAAUGCAAAGGCUCAGCAGGCCCAAAAGAUGGCCAAGGUCGACGGCGCUCUGCCAAGUCCUGCGCCGGACGAGUAUGAGCCCAAAAGCCUACACACGGUCAUUUCGGAGGAAGAGCUCGAGAUUGCGACCGAGACUCUAACGACGCUGGCCAAGUAUCCCAACCUGACCAAGUCAAAACCUUGCCGAGAUCUUCGCGUCGCUGUUUAUGAUUUCCGCCAGUCUUGCACCACGGGUGUCAAUUCAGCUGAGGGCGCCAACCUUACAGCCAGGGUCACCGCAGCCAUCGCCGACGAGAAAUAUCUGGAAGCGAGGAUUCUUCUGGCGGAGAUGCGGCUGCGCAACGAAGAACCCAAACUCGGUGCGCUCUGCCGCUGGGUGCGCGAUCUCGACGUUGUUUCCCAACCAAACGGCGUCAGUCUCGACAGCCCCGAGCGAUCUGCCAAGGACAAAGAGCUCCUUGCCACCCUCGAUGCUGUGGUGCGGGUCAGCUGCGCAGUCGAUAUGAAGGCACCACUACCGGCGAACCCGGCCUCACACAUCUCAUUCCAGCCGUCGUGGGACCUGCGCGCAUCCGGUACACCCGAUCCUAUUUAUGCUUCUGUUCUCGACAAAUCCAUAUUUGCGAAAGAUCAAGAUGCCGUCACAUCUUCCAUGCGUAUCCUAGAAACGGUACCUGGCCAUCUCCGGAAGCCGCCGAAUCACCACCCUGCGAUUUUAUACACGACGAAACCCGAUACGAUACCGCUGUCCGAGAGCAAACCCGCGACAACGUAUCAUACACAUCCUAAUGUGCCGAACCUGAGCCUGAUCAAAGACGUCCUCACGCCCAAAGAAUGCAAGGCAAUCAUUGCGGCUGGUGAGGCGGUCGAAUUCUUGCCGGACGAACCCGUACGGGAUCGCGGCGACACGUCCAUCCUGGCGCACAACUUUUACUGGAUCAUCGACACGAAGUUCCAUGACAAGCUGUGGGCCCGCGUGUCUCCGUUCAUACCUAGGAUAAUUGACGGAAAGACGUCGCGUGGUCUCAACCGCCGGUUUCGGGUGUAUCGCUACGUUCCUGGUGCCGAGUACCGAAGCCACAUUGAUGGUGCGUGGCCUCCGUCAGGCAUCAGUGCCGACGACGAAUAUAUUUAUGACGACUCGCCACCUGGCAAAAAGCAAAGCUCGCUCUUCACGUUCCUGCUCUACCUAAAUGACGAAUUCGAGGGCGGCGAAACCAUGUUCUUCCUGCCGUCGCCGCACGAAGGGACGCUGAACGCUUAUCCAGUCCGGCCGGUACUGGGAGGCGUCGCGCUAUUUCCACAUGGUGAAACCAAAGGAGCACUCCUUCACGAAGGAACCAGCGUUACAAAAGGCGCCAAGUAUAUCAUACGGACAGAUGUAGAGUAUGAUGUUGAGCCUUUCGAGCAGUAG